AUGUACAUCACCUCAUCAAACACAGGGUUGAGAGUAUCCUUAACAACGGGAGUCUGGGCAGCAACCCUGCCACCACUAAGAACUCUGACGUAUGGAUCAAUGCUUCCAAUGGUUUCCAAGUUCUUGAGGUUCUCGCACUUCUUGACAUUGAGUCUGACAAUACCCAUAGGAGGAAUGAAGCUAGCACCACCGUCAACACCAAGAGAACCGAGAGGUUUCCAGAUAGCCUUGAGUCUUAAGAAUCCAGAUCCAGAGGUCAACGAGAUAGUUGAUUUUCCUUCAAGAGUAUUGAAGACCAAAUCGUUCAAGGAAGAGGAUGCGUAUUCACCAAUGAUUGGAGUUCCCAUUUGUCUUGGCCUUGAUGUCAGAAACGUAUGGGGUGGCAGCACCUUGAUCGGUAGCAAAUUCGACAUAAGGACUGAUGUUGGAGUCUUUGAAAUACUCAGCACCUCUCAGGUUGACUGCAAGAACACCCUUGGCUUCAGGCAGCAUGCUCUCGAAGAUCUCCUCGACGUCAAUGUCCAAAGAGUUAGGAGCAUACAACAUAGGUCCAAGGUUGGAGUGGAUCAAACUGUUCACAAAGGAGGAAAGACCUGGAAUCACGGACAUGAUGUCAAUACCGAAGGUAUUACCUCCAACUGGCUUCAAAGCGUAAUCGAUAGAAGGAGGUUCCAAGAAAGAAACAGAAACAGUUUUGAUAUGAGGCAUGUUGUCGCCGAGUUUCAUUGUGAUUCUCAUUUUUCCCUUGAAAGACAUGUCCUCAACAAGAAUAGGGAGCGAGGCACCAACAAAACCUUUACCGACUCUGAUUCCAAGAGCGACCUUUGGGUCAAUCUUCUUCUUCAGCUCGUUCUUGGUCAUGUCAUCAGUGUCGUUUGGUGUGAAUCCAAAGUCCCAGUCCAUUUGCCAGACAUCUCUACCCAGUUUGGUGAACGAUUUGAUACUUUCCACCUUUGGGGCCUUGGUACCCAGAGUGAACUCGUCCAGAGUCAACUUGUCAAUUGGAGGAGGAGGAGCAACAUCCUUUAG